GGCUGCUGGAAAGGGGCGGGACGUAAGAUAUCCUAUGUCAUCAACUCAAGGCGCUUUGUUGUUCUUUCGGGGCAGAAAACAGGGAUAAAUACACCCAAGAAAAGAGCCCUGGAGGAGGAUUAUUCUUCUUUUGGUUUAAUAUAGUUAAAAGACGACUACACGAGGAGUCAAACUGAUGUCGUUUGGUGAAAAGUGGAGUAUUCUGAGGACCAAAGCAGCUCAGCGGUGAGCUAGCAUUAGCCUCUUCGGGAGGAAGGAAUUCCAGGGAAGAAAUCUGUGCUGGGAUGCUUCACGGAAGUUAAGGAAAAACUGUAUUUAACAGUUCCGCGUGGAAACAUGGCACUGUCCACUUCAACUGUGCCUCAUUCUGAGUUAAAUCAACUUAAAGGAAAAAGUAGAUGGUGAUUCUGUAACGCUUAACGUGCGAGUUCAGCUACGUAGCCUUCAGUUGGAAGUCUUUCAAAAUGGCGGAGUGUUGGCCCAUUCCUUCGGCCCUUGUCUUCAUGCUGUUGAGUCUGAGUGCCUGUGCUGCUGAUGGGUCUUGUCCUGCUCUAUGCUCGUGUUACCAAGGGCAGGAUGAAGUCCAUGUUCUGGACUGCAAUAGGAAAAAGCUGUCAGCGGCCCCCAUGGAUCCACCAGAGGGGAUCACACAAGUCACCAUGAAUCACAAUGAUCUGACUGUUCUCCCCUUCCUUGGAGACAUAUCCUCGAAUGUCACCUCGCUGUCAUUAGUCCACAAUCGGAUCUCCGAGCUGUUGAUGCAUCAGCUGCAGCCGUACCUUCUGCUGGAGACGCUGGACCUGACUUCAAACUCCAUAUCAGAGCUUAGAGUUGGAUCCUUCCCCUCCAUGCAGCUGAAAUAUCUGAAUUUGAGUAACAAUAAGAUCAGCGUUCUCGAGCCCGGCUGCUUUGAAAACAUCUCCAGCUCUCUGCUGGUGCUGAAGCUGAACAGGAAUAGAUUAGUUGUGCUGCCAUCCAAAGUCUUCAAACUUCCACAGCUCCAGUUCCUUGAAAUGAAACGUAAUAAGAUCAAAAUAGUGGACAGCUUGACUUUCAAAGGGAUGGAGUCACUGAGGUCACUGAAGAUGCAGAGGAACGGCAUCACCAAGCUCAUGGAUGGAGCCUUUUUUGGGCUGAACAACAUUGAAGAAUUAGAACUGGAGCACAACAACUUAACUGAGGUCGCCAAAGGUUGGCUGUAUGGCCUGCGCAUGCUGCGUGUGCUGCGGGUCAGCCAGAAUGCUGUCGGCAUCAUCCGACCGGACGCCUGGGAGUUUUGCCAAAAGCUGGAAGAACUAGACUUGUCCUUCAACCAUCUAACCAGGCUGGAGGAGACCGCCUUUGUGGGAUUAGGUCUCCUGGAGAGCCUGAACCUGGGAGAGAACUCCAUCAGCCAUUUAGGAGAGGGAGUGUUUGGUGGUUUGGCAAGCCUGCGCACUCUAGAUAUACGCAACAAUGAAAUCUCCUGGGCCAUUGAGGACUCCAUCGGUGUGUUUGAGGGGAUGAAGAAGCUGAACACGCUAAUCCUCCAGCGGAACAAAAUCAAAUCCAUCACCAAGAAAGCGUUCGAGGGUCUGGUCGAGCUGGAGCACCUGGAUCUCAGCAAGAACAGCAUCAUGUCUAUACACCCCGAGGCGUUGUCCCACAUGAAGCUCAAAGUGUUUGUGCUGAACACGAGCAGCCUGCUGUGUGACUGCCACAUGCAGUGGCUGGGGCCUUGGCUGAUUGACAGCCCGUUCCUGCAGUCUGUCUCCGCUAUCUGCGCUCAUCCUGCCAGCCUGCUCGGCCGCAGCGUCCUGUCUGUCAGCCCGGAGGAGUUUGUCUGUGAUGAUUUCCCCAAACCUCUGAUCACAACCCACCCAGAGACGUCUGUGGCUCUGCGGGGGAACAACGUGACUCUGAGCUGCAUCGCGUCCAGCAGCAGCGACUCUCCGAUGACCACGGCUUGGCGGAAAGACGGCGAGGUUCUGUAUGACGCUGAGGUGCAAAACUACGCCCGCUACCAGGAGGGGGAGCUGAUCUACACUACCGUGCUCCAUCUCCUUAAUGUCAACUUCACCGACGAGGGGCGAUACCAGUGUGUGGUCUCCAAUCACUUCGGAUCCAACUACUCCAACAGAGCCAAGCUGACGGUCAACGAGCUGCCAUCCUUCCUAAAGACUCCCAUGGACCUGACAAUCCGGACCGGGACGAUGGCCAGGCUGGAGUGUGCCGCUGAAGGCCAUCCAUCACCCCAGAUUGCCUGGCAGAAGGACGGGGGCACAGACUUCCCCGCUGCUCGGGAGCGCAGGAUGCACGUGAUGCCAGACGACGACAUCUUCUUUAUCGCUAACGUGAAGACGGAAGACAUGGGGGUGUACAGCUGCACGGCUCAGAACGCAGCUGGCAGCCUGUCUGCAAACGCCACCCUCACCGUCCUAGAAACUCCAUCCUUCAUGCGGCCGCUGGAGGACAGAACUGUGGCCCGCGGCGAGACUGCAGUGCUUCAGUGUAUCGCCGGAGGCAGCCCCGCUCCUCGUCUGAACUGGACCAAAGACGACGGGCCUCUGGUGCUCACAGAGCGCCACUUCUUUGCAGCGGCCAACCAGCUCCUCAUCAUCGUCGACGCUGGUCCUGCUGAUGCUGGGAAGUACACAUGCAUCAUGUCUAACACUCUGGGAACAGAACGUGGUCACAUCUACCUGAGCGUCUCACCAUCACCGAACUGUGACACGGGGACGGGAUACGACCAAGACGGAUGGACCACUGUGGGCAUUGUGGUGAUCGUGGUGGUGUGCUGUGUGGUUGGAACCUCACUGGUCUGGGUCAUCGUCAUCUAUCACAUGCGCAGGAAGAGCGAGGACUACAGUAUCAGCAACACAGAUGAGAUGAAUUUGCCUGCAGACAUCCCCAGCUACCUCUCCUCUCAGGGAACUCUGUCUGAACCUCAGGAAGGCUACAGCAACUCUGAGGCCGGCAGCCACCAGCAGCUCAUGCCUCCUCUCUCCAACGGAUAUGUGCACAAAGGAACAGAUGGUGUUUGUUACGGAGACACAGGCAGCGAGGUGGAGACUGAGGGACACGGAACGCUGCACUGCAGGGUCGGGGCUCUGUUCACCGGGCGGAGCAGCUUCCAUCCUGGAGACACCCGAGAGGGACUCUCUGGACUUCCUACAGGUGGAGCGGGUCCUCUGGUCAUCUGCUCCGACUGCUACGACAAUGCCAACAUCUACUCUCGCACGCGGGAGUACUGUCCCUACGCCUACCUGGGAGAGGAUGACCCGCUGGACAAGUCUCUGCCGGGUCUGAAGGAGAGCUUCAGCGAGCACGCUCAGCACGAGGACGCGGCCCUCGAGAGCCUCAUCAGCAACCAGGACUCCUCCGUCUUUCUCACCUCGCACGAAACAAGGCUGAGCAGCCACACUCCCCCGGAGUGCUACACUAAUGAUUCUCUAAGCAGGUCAUUCUGGGGAGACAGGGAAGAUCCUUCCUCAAAACCCCACCCAGGAGCGUCCCAGCACCCGGUGACGGUUCACAGGACGCCUCCUCUGACCUCGGCUGCUGACGGAGCAGACGAGCAGAGUGAAGCAGAGCGAAACUGUUUUCCCAACCAACACACACAAGACCACAGAAGUGCCUCUAAUAGGACUAACCCUCAGGAGCAUCCAGCUCCCACAUAGGUUCUUAACACUUCACCUACGCUCUGCCUCUGACUCCUCUUAGCUGCAUCCCCCACAGCCCCCCACCCACUACCUCCAAAGAGACUCCUCACACUCUGCCAAAGAUGCUCUCUUGUAUGUUUACAUUCCUCUCUGGCUCAAGAGGACAUAUUAACGGUCUCCACUGUGGAAAGACUGCCGCGCCUGGCAGGAGAAAUAGAUCUUUAGUUAAAGGGACCUCCACCUUGACACCUCCAGCUCUGCAGGACGCCUUUUCUCCUCCACUCCUCUUUGUUCUCUUCCACGAGGAGGCAAUGAAUGUAUGCUUUAAAGAGCCGUGUCGGAUGCUGCCGCGCAAGAAGACACGUUUGAUUCUUUUAUAAGCUCUCUCCUCAAUCCACGCUGUUGCUGCUGCUGCUGUGGGGAUGAAAUUUUCUCUCUUCAUUCCUGGUACGGAUGCCCAAUGGAGAGAACGUGACUCUGGGAGAAAAAGACAACCCUCUUAUUCCCACGUGAGGAACACAAGGGGUUAAAGUAGAAAAGUUCUCCGACCAGCAGUUUGUGGUUGGGAGAGAACAGUGAAUAGGUACGUCCUACAUUCCUGCAGCCAUCCUGACUGACUGACUCUAUGCUCUCUGCUCUCCUGUUAUGCAAAUUCUAGAGACACUGACACCAAACUGU